CGCAUUCGUUUACAAACAACUGUAACGCAAUUCAGUGCUCCGGUCCCAGUUCCCACAAAAUAAUGAACUGGACCCCGGGUAAAAUAGUUGGCACGGUGAAGCCGGCCGGAGCGAACGUGGCUCCGAUCCCCGCUCCGGUCCUGGCACCGGUACCAGCUCCAGUCAGUGCACCACAGAAGUUGAUUCCGCAGCCGGUACCGGCUCCCUUGUUGGGAACCACAACGCCCGCUAGUGGAAGCAGCGGGACCAAAGCAGAGAAACCUGUCGCUUUGAAGGGAACCGUGCAGAGUCAACCGACGGGGGCGAACAGGAUUCUCGGCACAAUCAAAGUGGCCGGCAGUGACCAGCCGGGCAUCAGUUGCGACCAGUUGACCAAUAAAGCCGUGGAGGAAAUCUACCGGGACGCCAAAAUCGGUCGCAUCCGGGCCUCCCAGGUGGGCGCCCUGGGCUGGCGUGGCUGCCCGCUGAAGAAAACCAACAAACGCUUCCUCAACCGGACGAUGAAUUCAGUGAUGCAGCACAACCGAAGGGAGACGAUCCGCACCUUUCACAGCUCGACACAGAAGCUGAUCGAGAUGGAUCGGCAGGAUGAUGUGCGGCAUCGCCACAGGAAGAGGUCUCCCCCAAAGGCGUCGUCCAGGAGCGGUCGUCACGGAGAGGUGGUGCACCUGGAUGACGACGAGGACAAUGAGGAUUUUACGAAGGAUGUGAUUGGGGUGGAUCAGUUGGGUUUGAAAAGGGCGAGAGCGGCGAGACGGGAGAAGGCGACGGAAGAGAUGGAAGAAGGAGAGAUACGGUCUGAUGAUGAGGAUUAGAAUAGAGGUACUAUUGAAUGACAAUUAAAAUGGAGGAUGUUUCAAUUCGUGGAAAGUAUGAGAACUACUGGCGUAGUCACCAUUUUUAUAUUCAGCAUAUUUUUGAUUAUCAAACACAAAGCGUUUUGAAAAUAUAUGUCCUGUUGAUUUCGA